CCCCCCCAGGCGGAAAGGGCAGGACGAGAGGGGACAAAGGGAGACGGGACGGAGCGGGGGAGAAGGGCUGGAUCCCAAAGAAAGAGCAGGAAGAAAUGGGGCAGAAGUUGGAGGGAGAAGGGGGAAGGGAUGAGGGAAGGGUUUGGGGAGCCCCGAGGUGGAAAAAAAUGCUUUUCUUUUAUACUUUUAUCUCCCUAAAACACGAAAGAAAGUCCCGAAGUGUUGGAAGGGGACGGCGGAGCUGAGAGCAUCGGGCUGAGAGCGAGCGAUGGAGAGAUCCCAGCUCCCUUCCAAAAUGUGGCCUGAAUUUAUGAAUCAUAAACGGCUCCGUCCUCCUGGAGGCAUCAAUCACCACCGUAGGCAGAGGUGGGUUUGGAUCUUGCAGUGUCAGUGGCAUGCAGAGAUUGCUGAUGCUGCUCUUCUGCAAAGGAGCAAAGGCAGAGGGGACUUUUGGCUUGCUGGGUGCUUCAAAACAAAGUGUCAGUGCUCAAAAACACCAUCUUGCCCAUGAGGUUGGCAUGAAUGCGCCUAGAACUGAAUAACUAUGCUUGGAAAGUGAUGGGUAAUGGUGGGAUGCAUCUAAACCUGCAUUGUGGCAGACUUUGGGUGUUAAUGUGAUCAGUCGUGCUGAGGAACACGUGCAGAGGGGAUGCUGUGAGCCCCAAACACACUCACAUGGUGCCUUGUUGAGAUGGUCAUCACUCAGGGCAUAACAUUAAACUUUGGACAGCCCUUGCGGGGCAGAGAAGGGAAAUUUUAUCCUUGUGUUCCCAGUCCUGAGGUCUGGAAGGUGGCUGCAUCUCCUCAGCUCAUGGUCUGCAGUACCACCAGGCCAUAGAGGGAGGCUGAUCAUUGCCCAGCUCAGUCCCCAUCUCCAACAGCUGCUGAGCUCUAUGCUGUCCCACCCAGGGUUGGGUUUAUCUUUCCCUCUCAGGUAUGCUAAGGCUUAUAGGGAUGGUGCCAACCAGACCUGUGUUGUCUGCCAGGAGUUGUCCCUGCUCCUUGAGUUGCAAUGCUGGAGGUGGUGACCUUUCAUGGGGUACCCCAAUAAUGCUUCCAACAUCCUACAACUCCUCCUGAGCAGUGAGCUUGGAUGGGUGGGGGUUUCUACUUGAAGUCUUUCCCAUCACCACCUUGGUGACCUCUGUCUCACAAUGAGAUGUUAAUUACAAAGGGGAGCAGGUGUUGCUGAUGAAUGCCUUUUAGAUGAGUCUGGAUGGUGCUGCAUGCAAAGCCACCAAGACAUUGCAGUUUGGAGGACGUGGUGGUCAAACCAAGAGCAGAGGGCUCAUCUAAGUGGAGAUGUGGCUUUGGUCUCAGAGCAAACCAUGAAGCUGAUUGAAUCUCAUUGUCACCUUCCCCCACAAAUGGCUCUGUUGGCGUUCUUGGCAUCAAAAAUGGUUGACCUGCACUUGUGCUGGUUGCUCCAGUCUCUGCUUUUCAGCUCUAUUGCAUUUGAAGGUAACAGAGGGACAGUUGAUAUCUUGGGGAAGGCUGGAAGGGACACAUUCCUCCCUUAUCCCAUAUCGACCCCCACCAGCCUGCAAGGCUUUCCCCUCCCAAUGUUAGUUGGUGCCUUCUCUUUCAAUGGGAAACAAUGGGAAAGUGCGGUCACGGGCUGUGUGAAAUUUGUUCCUUCUUUUCUGCUCAACCUCAGCUCUUUAUUACUUGGCCAAAGAUUUAUUAGGUGGCAGCCUUUAAGCUCAGCCCUUAUUCACCCUGCUGGUAGGCGUUUUCUUGAUGCUUUCUCAAGGCGUAGGUUGGGUUACAGCACUACAGUUGGUUCACAGAGCAAUUUAUCUCAAGGGGCUGUUAAUUUACUGGACAUCUCUUGCAGCAGAAAGGGUUUGGGCUGAUAGAAGUUCAACCCAUGCCUUCCUCCCCUCUCUUUGCAGCCUUCUUCCAAGGGAAAGCAAAGCAAAGAAGGGGGGGGGAAGCUUUGGAUCCACUUGUCCUACUGAUGUCCCACAGUACUGCCCUUCAGAGCACAAACCCCGUUAAAAACCCAUUUGCCCAUUGGAAAAACAGGCAUCAAGACAACAGAAAACCCUCCUAAGAAGCACCAAGGGUGGAACCCAGUGCUUUGGUUUCACCUGGGAUGCACUGAGGCAAUCAGUGCUGUGUCUCUGCUCAUGCACUGCAUCACCUCACAACCCAAUUUCUCCCUCAUUUGGGGUUUAAGCAUCGCUCCAGAGUUUGUGGGGUUUAGCACUGCAGAAUGUGGGGCAUCACAUACAGAGCUGCACCCAUCGGUAGCUCAGAGGAUGCAGAAGGGGGUUCCUGUUUCGGUACCUAAAUGCUUUCCCAACAGAAGAUGCUCUUAGAGAAGGAUCAAACCCUUUGCUUGACAGCUUACUUAAAGUAAUACAACGAUGGCUGCGUUUCUUUGCUUAAAAAAACCACAGCAUCCUUUGUUCUUCAUCGCAUCCUUAUUGUCACUGUUUGGCAUCGUAAGCUAAAUCCUCUUUCAUCUUCCGUGAUGAAGGAUGGGAGAGGCAGCGAUUCGCUCUGCUCCAGGCUUUAGCUUUACCCUCACACGAGCCAUUGAUGCUGCACAGAGGUUGCCAGGGAUGCAGGCAACGAUCCUACCUCCAGGUUUUUGCUGCAUCCCCGCCUGCUGGGCGAGAUAUGGAUCAUACCCAGCAUUAUCACCCAUCCGAGCUGAAGGAAGGGAUGCUGAGAUGUCGGCUUGCAAUGGAGAGAUGGAUCUGAGAGCCGGGUUUUUGUGCCAUCUCAGUGCCGUGGGGUGGGAGUGGGGUCUGCAGACCCCCCCAAUGAUGCGGGGUGAGGGGAUUUUUCAGUUCCGGUACUGAUGCUGUGCUCAUGGUGAGGUCUCUGUGGCGCAAUGGACGAGCGCGCUGGACUUCUAAUCCAGAGGUUCCGGGUUCGAGUCCCGGCAGAGAUGAUCUCCAAGCAGGUUUCUCUUUUAUUUUAUGUCUUUUUUUUUUUUUCCCAUAAAUCCCAAUCUGACACCUUUAUAACAACCCGGUAGGUUUGAGGUGGGAGAUGAUGACUUUUCACUGCAGCAUCUCCGCCGCUGAUGCUCGUAGUGUUUGUGUGCUCCUCAUCCUUCCUCCAUCCUCCGUCACAUUCCCCUUCCCUUCAUUCCUUUUGGUACCUCCUGGAUGCUUUGAUGUUUUAACCCUAUUUAUUCCCCCCAUUGCUGCUUGUUGGACCUGUCUGAUGCUUUAACUGUGUUACCGGUGCUCAGGCAGUGAUUUGGAACCUUGUGUAUUCAUAAGUGUGGCUUCAUCCUUCAACUAUAUGGACAAAGGAAAAACAACAGUAGGUCUAUAUUCGGAGUUGUUACCUUAUAGAAACCCUUUGCUCUUAUUAUUCAUUUUUCCAUGUUGAUGAUGCAUGUUUGCUGGCAGCCACAUCCAUAUCCCCAUAGAGAUUCAUCUUUAUAGGUAGUAAACAUUGGCAAAAGACAAAGAUCCUGACCUUACAAUGGAGCUUCUUCCCACUCUGUGACCUUCGAAGACUUUUAUCCACUUGAAUAGUGGGUUUCUUUCCAUUGGUGUCAGCAUAGAAUGGACAUAGAGCCUCUGUAUCUUUUUUUCUGGGGAGUCUAAAAGAAAAAGUUCAAAGAAAUCAUGUGUGUGAGCUCAGAAUUGAUGUCCUGCCUCUGUCAGAGGUUGGGUGUAAAUGGAGCCCAAAACAGUGGGGAAGGAGAGCAGCAAAAGCCUCAUGUGAGGAGGUUCCAUCAUGAUCCCUUUCCCCUGGAUGGAAGGGGAGGAAAAAGAAGCAACAAGUGCCAACAACGACCCAUGAGGGAUGGAGUCUCCAUAGAACAAAGGAGGCAUCUCAGUGAGGUUGCAGGAUGUUGUGGGUUUGAGAGACAGCUGCUAUAAAGGGGGUAAGACAAGGUGUCCACAGGCAUGGUCAUUAAGGCGGCACAAAGAUUUCCGGUUAGUCUUCAUAAAAUAUUAGUGAACCAAACCCAUUUCCUUCCUUUGUUCUCAGAAGAGCAUCUCCACACAGGGGACAUCACCUCUGUGUGGGGGUAUCUAGAGCUAGAAGGGUGGUUCGGGAUGGCAGUGAGCAGAGCUCUGCUCUUCAUGGCUCAAGCCCUCGGCCUUGCUGUUGCAGAGAUGGCCCUGCUGACCAUGGACCCCCCCUGGAGGGUGAUAUUCCAAGGGGAAAGUGUCACCCUGCGGUGCCAGGGACCCCCUGUGUAUGGGCAGCAGCCCACAGCCUGGUACCACAAUGGUAAACUCCUGGAGCACACAGAAACCAACACAUACAAGAUCCAGAAGGCCAAGUAUAAACAGAAUGGCAGAUAUGAGUGCCUGAGCCCUGGCUCUACAUCCAGCAACUCCAUCACCCUGAUCGUCUCCUACGACCUGCUGAUCCUCCAGGUCCCAUCACAUGCAGUGUUUGAAGGGGAGCUGCUGCAGAUGCGGUGCCGGGGAUGGAACGGGGGCAGUUUGGCUGCAGUGCGAUACUACAGGGAUGGAACUGACAUCACCAAACCCUACACCACAGCUGGGCAGCUCUCCAUCCCCAAAGCCAAGACCCAGCACAGCGGCAGAUAUCACUGCAGUGCAGAAAUGCACUCUUAUUUGUCAUUAACGAGAAGGGAAUCUCAAGUUUUAUAUGUCUCUGUCGAAGAGCUCUUCACCUCCCCAGUGCUAAGUAUAGCAAACUCAACGCAGCCUAUGGAAGGAAAUCCCCUCAACCUGAGCUGCAUCACACAGCUCAGCCCCUACAGACCUCACACCACUGUCCUCUGGUACCUCUUCUAUAGGAACAACACAGUCCUUCGUGGUCCCAUGACCUCCUCUGAGUACCAGAUGGCAGCAGUGGGGCUGUUGGACACUGGGUUCUACUCUUGUGAGGUGCGGACAGAGAGUUCCAGUGUCCAGAAAUGGAGUCCUCAGGUUCCCAUCACCAUCAAACGAGUCCCCAUCUCAGGGGUAUCCCUGGAGGUUUGGCCCCAGGAGGGGCAGGUGAUGGAGGGACAACGGCUGGUGUUGCACUGCUCUGUGGCCAUGGGCACUGGCUCCAUCUCUUUCUCCUGGCACCGAGAAGGCUCUGUUGAAGUCCUGGGGAGGGACAGCCACUAUGAGAUCCCAUUGACCCAACAGAGUGAUGAGGGGCAGUAUUACUGCAUGGCCUCUAAUGGGGACAGCCCAGCCCAGAGCCUGCGGGUGCAGGUCACUGUAGUGGGUGUCUCCUCGCUCUUCUGCAGCCGGCUCAGAGCAUUGCUGCUGCUGGCAGCACUGGGAACCCUAUUGCUGGGGCUGGUUGUUGUCUGUGUCCUCAGCACUGCAUGGAGCCAUAAGGGACGGAGCAGCAAACCCCCAUGGAAGCAUCUGCACCAACAUCAAUUGCACAAUGGGGAGAGGAUGCUUGAGGCUGACCUUGCAAGGGCACCCAAAAAGCAAGCAGAAUGAGCAUCCCCACGUCCUUCCACCACCCUCCCUUGUCCACGUUGUAGCAAAAAGGUGCUUCUGCUGGUUUGACUGGUGUGCAUUGCCCAAUAAAGCAUUGAUGAGCAUGGAGAGUACCAGACCCCAUAACAACCCAGAACCUCUAAUUGAGCUGCGGCUCUAUGGUCAGCGGUCCUCCAGGUCGCCAUAUUUAUGCAGCUGUGUUCUGGUGGGACCCAUGAAGACCCACCAGAACCUGGGGAUACCUCCAACCCCUUCUAUUGUUCCAUGGUGAUCAAUAAGGUCCUUCCCAACCCAACCAUGCUGUGAUUUCAUGAUCUUCCAGGUCUCUUCCAACCCAACCAUGCUGUAAUUCCAUGGUUCUGUUGUCUUUAAGGUCCCUUUCAGCUUAACCUCUACCAUCUUUCUAGCAUUCCCCAUUGGGAAUAUCCCCGUGGGGCCAGUCCCCAUUGGGAUCAUCCCAGUGGGGCCAGUCCCCUUUGGGAGCAUGGUGAUGGCAUCAGCAUCAUAGGACAGGGAUAUCCAGCUCAGCUCUGUGCUAUCUGGACCAACGCUGCUCUCACUCUUUGCCAUUCAGAAAGGCUGGAGAUGGACUGGAGGGGGUCCAGAGCAGAACCAUAGGAUGCUCCAUGGGUUGGUGAGGGACUGGACUUGUUCAGCCUGGAGAAAAGGCUCAUGAGACCUCAUCUCUGUGGCCUGGUAUUGGAUAUCUGUCUGUAAAGGGGUCAAACGCUCCUCAUUUAGAAGGAUUCAUGCCAAAAAGAUGGGGAAAUGGGCACCGGUGGCACUGGAAGAGAUUCCAGUUGGACUCAAGAGGGCAGUUUUGUCACUGUGAUAACACACAGCAACUCCCCAGGGACACAGUGGAAGCUCUAAUACUCAAGAAUGCAAGGUUUGGGUACACAAAGUGUUGGAUGCUCUGCUAUGGGACGUGCUUUAUUACAAUAGAUUGGACCAGUUGAGCUCUGAGGUCCCCUCCAACCUGA